AUGAUCCCUAAAAACUACCAGCAUGUCCUUGCUUUUGUUUUUGCCAUGAGUGAGAUCAAUAAAGAUGCCAAGUUAUUACCCAACAUCACACUGGGAGCCAAAAUCUAUGACAAUGCUUUCAAUGCAAUAAGGACUUACUGGACCACUCUGGAUCUGCUAUUCAGAGGACUGAGGAAUCCUUCUACCUACAAAUGUAACAGGAGAGAGGAACCCAUGGCUGCUCUUGGUGGGCUCAACUCCCAAACGUCCAUCCAGAUGGCCAACAUCUUAAAUAUGUUCAAGAUUCCACAGCUCAGCUAUGGCUCCUUUGAUCCAGUGUUGAGUGACAAAAUUCAGUUCCCUUCUUUCUACCGGAUGGUCGCAAAUGAAGAAAUUCAGUAUGUCGGGAUUGCUGGGCUGCUCAAACAUUUUGGAUGGAAUUGGAUUGGCCUCCUUGUCUCAGAGGAUGACAGCGGAGAAACUUUCCUUCGGACCCUCAGACCAAGGCUCCUGCAGAACACUAUCUGCAUUGCUUGGACUCAAGUGAUCCCAACAGUGACACCAUUUUUACCAAAUAAGAUACUCCAAGAAAAAUUGUUGCCGAUUAGUAAUACCCUCUUUUUGAGUGACAUCAAUGUGAUCCUUGUGUAUGGGGAUGGUCAGUCUGUGGAGGGUUUUCGAAUGGUUUUGUACUCAGCUGAGUUCUCUCAUAAGCGCCCAUUGGAAAGAGUAUGGAUCAUAACUGCUCAAUGGGAUUUUACUGCUGUAUCCAAUGGGGCAAUGCUCACCACAAGGACUUUCAAUGGCACCUUGUCAUUUACAUUCCAUACAAAUCUGGUGCCAGGAUUUCAGGACUUUCUUGAGAGCAUCAAUCCAUUUCAAUCAACUAUUUAUUUCAUCCAGCAGUUCUGGAUUAGUGCGUUUCUCUGUUCGCUCCCACAAUAUAAUCUUUAUGUGCCAAACAAGGAAAGCUGCACUGGGGAGGAGAAGCUGGGAAGACUCCCUGGACCUCAGUUUGAAAUGGGAAUGUCUGGCCGGAGUUACAGUAUCUACAAUGCUGUUUAUGCUGUAGCACAUGCUCUCCAUGCCAUGGAUUCAUCGAGAGCCCUGAAGAAAGCAAGGGGAGAGGGGGAGAAAUGGAGCUUCCUGAAAGUUCAGCCAUGGCAGGAGAGCACCAUUGCUCCUGGCAGCAGGAGCAAAAAUGGAAUCGCUCUGCUGAGAGACUCUGUCACGGCAGCCAUGAUCCAAAGAGGCCAGGAUGAGGAUCCCCGAAGGCUAAUAUUGCCUCAUCAGCCCCUCCUCUGGAACAUCAGAUUUAACAAUAGUGCAAAGGAAGAAAUAUCUUUCAAUGAGAAAUGGCAGCUUGCAAGUGGAUUUGAUAUCAUCAACCUGGUCACAUUUCCCAACCAAUCCUUCCAGAGAGUCCGAGUUGGAGAGAUGGACCCUCAAGCUCCUGCAGGCAAAAAGUUCAAAAUCAAUGCAAGUGCUGUUACAUGGAACCCCAAGUUUAAGCAGAGGCGAAUCAGGCUGCCUCGCUAUAACUUCUCUGACCUGAAGCGAAGCGGAGCACAGCCCUACUCACCACCACCCAAAACGAGAGAACAAGUGAAUGCAGACCAAUGUCAGAAGUGCCCAGAAGAUCAGUAUCCAAACAAGAACCAGGACCAGUGUAUUCCUAAAGUCAUAAGUUACUUAUCCUAUGGGGAGCCUUUGGGGGCAGUUCUUGUUUCCUCGGCUCUUUUUCUUUCUGUAAUCACAGUUGUGGUGUCGUGGAGCUUCAUUCAACAUCAAAAUACUCCCAUCGUCAAAGCCAACAACUGGAGCAUCACGUGUGCCCUGCUCUGCUCUCUGCUGCUCUGCUUCCUCUGCUCCUUCUUGUUCAUUGGGAGGCCUGGGAUGGUGACCUGCCUUCUGAGGCAAACUGUGUUUGGCAUUGUCUUCUCCAUUGCAGUUUCUUGUGUGUUGGCCAAAACCAUCACUGUGGUUUUGGCCUUCAUGGCCACAAAGCCCGGAAACAGAAUGAGAAAGUGGUUUGGGAAGAAACUGGCAGUAUCAGUCAUCAUUCUCCCUUCUCUUAUUCAAGCUGGCAUCUGUGCAGUGUGGUUUGUAAUCUCUCCCCCCUUCCCAGAGUUUGACAUGCACUCCCAGAUUGGGCAGAUCAUAGUGCAAUGCAAUGAAGGCUCAGACAUCAUGUUCUACCUUGUCCUGGGCUACAUCAGUUUUCUUGCUAUUGUCAGCUUCACUGUGGCUUUCUUUGCCAGAAAGCUGCCCGAUACUUUCAAUGAAGCCAAGCUGAUCACCUUCAGCAUGUUGGUCUUCUGCAGUGUUUGGGUGUCCUUUGUGCCCACCUACCUAAGCACCAAGGGGAAAUACAUGGUGGCCGUGGAGAUCUUCUCCAUCUUGGCCUCUAGUGCUGGCUUAUUAGGUUGUAUCUUUCUUCCCAAAUGUUACGUUAUUAUAUUUCAACCUGAGUUAAACACUAGACAGCAUUUAGUGAGGAAAAAGAAUGAACAGCUUUGA